AUUCUAACAUUUAUUUUAUAGAUUCUUACAAUAUAUGACUCAGUGGAUAUUAUUAAUGUUGGUAAUGUUGUUAAUUAUGUGAAGAGCCUACAAAAAGAAGAUGGAAGCUUUAUGGGAGAUAAAUGGGGAGAAGUAGACACAAGAUUUUCAUUUUGUGCAGUGGCUUGUCUUGCAUUAUUGGGUCAUGUUCAAGCAAUCAAUGUUAAAAAGACUGUAGAUUUCAUCUUAUCAUGCAUGAAUUUUGAUGGAGGAUUUGGAUGUCGACCAGGAUCAGAAACUCAUGCUGGACAAAUUUAUUGUUGUUUGGGUACACUUUCCAUACUUGGUCAUUUACAUCAAGUUAAUUCCAAUCUGCUUGGAUGGUGGCUUUCAGAACGCCAACUUCCUUCUGGUGGAUUAAAUGGUAUUAAAAAAUUAAUUUUUUUGUAUUAAUUAAUUGAUUCAAAA